UUAUUUUCUUUUUGGUAGUUUUCCUCCCCUCUCUCUGUCUCUCUCUAUAAUCAGUUUUCCAGAUUCUUUUAUUUAAUUCAUUUCUAUAUACCAAUUCGGUAAUCUUCGUAUUUUCAUCUUCAAUCUCACUUUCCCUCCUCCCUUGUUUUCCUUGAACAGCCCUGUUCAUUUCAGAUCUAAAUAUUCACCCCAAAUACCAUUUUAUUAAAGAUCCAGGAACGAGGUCUGUACUUUUGCUCCGGCCAUUAUUCCGUCAACUUGCCGGUGAUAUUGUCGGUGUACUGUUUGACUUUGAUUUAUUUGCAGAUUGCAAAGUUAAGUCAAUCUAGGGUUUUAUUAAAUCUGAGAAAACGCAUUCAAGUAUAGGGUUUCAAUUGAUUUGGGUUAAAUUGCUAUCAUGCCGCGAAGUUCACGACACAAACAACAUAAACAAUCGAAACAUAGUUCAAAGGAUGUUAGAGAAAGGUCUGAUUCUGAAGAAGAUGUGACCUUAAAAAGUAGGAAUGGUGGGGACGAUAAUAUGGUUAGGGUUUCUAGGGAUAUGGCCUCAGGAGAAAAACGAAGACAUUCCCAAGAUGGUAAUGUUGAUUUUUCUGAAGAUUAUGUUGCUUCAAAGAGACGAAAGGAAGGGGUUGAUUUGACUGAUAAUAGUGAUCGGUGGAAGGGUGUUGAAGAAGAUAGACGGAAGAAAGAGAAAAUUGAUCCAGAAACAUUUACGAAAAUUAAGGCCUUAGUAGAUUCAAGUAGUCACAAGUCCAGUAGGAGAAAUGAGAGUUUGAAGAAAGAGAACAAUGCAGUAAUUGAGAGUGAUGAAGUUCAGAAAAUUGGAUGUAUUAAAACUGAAAUCAAGUAUAAGUCGGAAAAGGAUUCACGUAGGAAAGAAGUUUACGAGUAUAAAGACGGAAAAGAAAGAGGGGCAGAUAGGGAAAGGAAAGUUAGAGACUCGAAGAAGGAAAUUUUAAUUGAUGCUGUACCAGGAAGAGGCAGUGAGGACGGUGAAUCGGGAAGGAAACGUGGAUCUCAGUCACUGCAUGUUGAAGAAGUACGAUCGAGAAAGCGAGAGGUAGAAACCGAUGACUGGCAAGUACAAGAUGAUGUACGCAAUCCUGACUUAGAAAAGGAAUAUGAGAAGCGGGUUAGGAGACGGAAAGAUGGCUCUGUCGACAAGGAUAAAUAUCAAGAUGAUAUAAGUGAGUGUAACAAUAGAUAUUUUUCCUCAAAGGAUGAUCGCAGUAAGAGUGGGCAGGAUAAAGACGAAAGGUCUGGCAGGGAUAAGUCCAAAGAUGAUCGAUAUGGAGAUAAGUAUCGAGAAGAUGUUAACCGGGACCACAGACGAGAUGAUAAAUACAGAGAUGACCUCUCCUCAAGGGAUCACAGUGACAGAUAUGACACUAGACAUUUCAGGGACGACAGUAAGACUGAAGAAAAUCGAAUCAAAAGGUCUAGGCCACAUGACCCUGAACCUGAUGGAAGCUCGCAUCACGAUGAAGUAGGCAUCAAAUAUGAAGAUGUCAAGGAGAAGAAAAGAAUCAUGAAGGAAAACGAGGGUCACCAUGGCAUCAAAUCUCCAAACUCUGUGGAGCGUCGUGCAGACAUGGAGAAAAAACCUUCGAGUGGUAGCAGAUUAUCAUCUGUUGCUGAGAGAGGAAGGUCUCAAUCACGUCAUCUUGAUGUAGAUUUUAAUGUUAGCACUAGUAAAUGGAAUACAUCCCCCAGUUCUAAUGUUCAUGCUGUGAAAGAUCAAUACAGAUAUAACGCAAAGCAAGCAGAAUCAAAGUAUAGGGACACUGUAUCUGAGGAAAGAUUUCGUACAAAUGUUGCAUCUUCAAGAGAUCUUACCGGUCCUUCUGGAGCUUUGAAGAGGACGUCUGAGCGUAUUUCUUUGGAGAAACCCAUUCAGAAGGAUGAAAACUAUGUGCGUCAGAUGCCUAAUGAGAGGCCUCGAAGAUCUGAUGCACUGCCAUCUCCCAAGCUUAUUAUAGAGAAAUCUCCCUCCUCAUCAAGUUAUGAUUGUAGAUAUUCAAACAAAUCUACUUUGAGGAGGAGCUUGGAUGUUGAAGAAGUGGGAGGGAGAAGUAUUGGUGCAAAGGACGUUAGGGAUCUUUCUGCUAACGAGGAGAGGAGAAUUCGGGAUUUUCCUUCAGAGAAACCAUCAGUUGAUGAUUUUUCUCAACCAGAUGGAGAUACAUCAUCAGUUAAUAGAUCAGGCCACUUCCUGGGAAACCCAUCAUCUUCUCUUCUUCCGCCACCACCACCUUCACUCAGGACUGUUGUUGGUAGCCCUUCAGUAAUGGAGGAAGAUAGUAGAGGGAAGCUCAAUAACCGCUAUAGGAGGUAUGGUGAUCCCAAUGCUGGGAGGGGACUGGGAAACGCUUGGAAAGGGUUGCCAAGCUGGCCUUCGCCAGUAACAAAUGGUUUCAUUCCAUAUCCACAUGGCCCACCUCCUGGAGGGUUUCAUCCAUUGAUGCAGCAGUUUCCUGCACAUUUCUUUGGGGUUAGACCUGCUAUGGAUUUAAACCAUACGGGUCUUCCAUAUAUUCCUGAUGUGGAUAGGUUUUCCUGCCAUGGGCGUUCAUAUGUGUGGAGGAAUCCGGAUGGGCCAUUCCCUUCUCAUCUGCAAGGAUGGGAUGGAAGUAACAGGGUUUUGGGGGAUGAGGCUCAGAUGUACGGGAUGCCAGAUUGGGAUCAGAACAGGCACCCAUUAGGUAGCCGAGGGUGGGAGACAAAUGCAGAAUUGGGGAAGGGACAAAAAAUCAGCGUUAACAUGGAGCUGCCGUCAGCAGCAUCCCAGAAAGAGGAUCAUCCACAACUAGUCUCAUCAGAAGCAUCUGCCGGACCUUCGGAUCAGCAGCCUCAAAAUGAGAGUAAUCGUCCUGGUUCUUUUCAGGAGGAAAGCAUUGAGGUUAAGGAAUUUAACGCACAUGCAAAAAAUGUCUCUCCUGAAGUUCCCCGGACAAUUCGUAAUGUAGCAGAUGAAGGUGCUCCUCAGUUUUGUGGUGUUUAUCUCUGUAAGCUUGAUACAUCAGUAGAUCUUUGCCAUCCUGAGUUGUAUGAUAAUUGCAUUAGCUUGUUGGAGGACAAAAGUGCUUCUGUCAGUAACGGUACUGAAGAGCAUGAUUAUAUGGAGGAGCGUGUUCAAUCAGGUGUGAGGAUCUCCAAUGUCAUUAAGAGUGCUUCAUUCUUCUCCAAGAUCGAUGAAUCUAUCUUUCAGAGAGCGAUAGGCUUUUACAGGAAGCAGGCUGAUGAGAUGAAAGUCAUACAGCGAUGUACUCUGUUCCCCACAUUGAAAGAUUUGGAAGACCCAACUUAUGUAAGGGAGAAACUAGAGCAAAUUCCAACCACUGAUGAGGAGGAAGAUCUAACUGCUGAAGGGGAGAAUCUCGAGCAUAUUCCUACCAAUGAAGAGGAAGAACUCAAGCUGGUUCCGGCCAUGGAAGCGAAAGUACCUGAGUCGGUUUCAACUACUGAUCAAGUUCAACUUGAACCUGUUCCAUUUAUGAAGCUGGAGAAACUCGAGACUGUUCCAACUAUUGACAAUAGGGAACUCCAGCCGGUUCCAAACACUGGCCAUGAUAUGUUGGAGCCAAUUUCAGCUUCUCCAGAGGAGAAUGUUAAUCUAGUUACAAUUACCGAAGAAGAGAAACCUCAGCCAAGAGGAAGUUGUACGGCUGAUGAAGAAAUGCAAGAACCAGGUUCAGCUUUUGAUUUUGAGAGUUUGGAACCUGGUGUAGCUUCUUCAGCUUCUCUAGAGGAGAAUGUUAAUCUAGUUACAAUUACCGAAGAAGAGAAACCUCAGCCAAGAGGAAGUUGUACGGCUGAUGAAGACAUGCGAGAACCAGGUUCAGCUUUUGAUUUUGAGAGUUUGGAACCUGGUGUAGCUUCUGAUCAAGACAUGAUGGAGCUACUUCCGACUCCCAAGCUGGAUACAUCCGAGAAACAUACACCGAAUCUCAAUCUGGAGAAUCUUGAGGACCAAGUACUGGCCCCCAAACAAGAGAAACGGGAGGUGGCAAUAUCAGAGUCGGUGGAGGAGAUGGGUCCAACAUCUUUUCAGGAUAUAAUGGAAGAGGAACCUUCAACUUGCGACCCGAAUAUGGAGCCAUGUGCAGUUCUUGUUAAAAAAGAACAAGAGCCAGAUACAACUUCAACCCAGGAGACAGCAGAGCCCAUUCUCGAGAAAGCAAAGGAGGAGGAGGUGGUGGUGGUGUCGGAUCGUUCAUCUAUUCAUGGACAAUCUUCAAUGGCUACUACAGAACAUCCAUUCAUCGAAGAGGAGAUCGUUAGGGCAAGCAGCUGCGAAGGAAGUCAUGUUCCAUUGGAACAAAAGUCAUUUACAGAUGCUAAUUGUGGUUCUCCUUCCACAGGGUUUAUUGCUGGUUCUUCAGAGGGUUGUGAGGCAUUGAUGCCAGAGUCCAUUGAAUGUAGGUUAGUAAGUCUAAGUCGGAUACAUAAUUUUUCUGAAAAUACACAUUGAAACCUAUUCAGCUGUGUUCUUAGAAAUCAAUUCUCAUUCAGAACUGUCUGUGCUUCCUUAUUCAUUCAUCUAUUUUGCUGAUGAAAUCACCCAACCAUGUCUGUUGUUUUCCUUUCUGCAAAUCAAAUGGUUUAGU